UUUGUGACUCAGUCCAGUGAUGGUUCUCGGAGCGUGAGCACAGCGAUCACUCUAGGUGGUGACUCCGGCGAACAUAUUGUACACUGCUAUUGUUAUCGGGCGUAAAUGAAGGACAGUUCUCUAUGCGAAGUUCAUCACAACUCCUGACUGACUUGGAAUACCCAAUGAGUUUAUGAAUCGUGAGGAUGGCAACCACUCUGACAGGUGUGGGCUUCGUCUGGGCCUUCCUGUCUCUGGCAGCGGCCAUCAUGUGCUGCUCGGGGUUUUAUCUUCCCUUCUGGAUCCAGGGUAAACUGAUGGGAAAGGUGGACGCGUACUUCAGUUCCUUCAGGAGGUGUAACUACCCACGGGUGACGUCACAGGGUUCAGUAGAGAUCGUCAUGGAGUGCGGUCGCUAUUCAAGGUUUUGGGACAUCCCGAGCCCAUGGUGGCAGGCCAGCACAGUGAUGGUGGGGACAGGGAGCGCUCUCAGUCUGCUUGUAGCCGUCACUGCAGUGUCAGCAUGCUGCAUCACGUACGUCGUACACACUGCGUCAGCCAGGGUGGCGGGGGCUCUGCAACUGCUGGCAGCAAUUUUGGUGAGUGGUGGUGUAGCUCUGUACCCAAUAGGCUGGGACAAUCGGGAGGUGAGAGACUGUUGCGGCAACACAUCACACGUCUAUAGGCUAGGUACUUGCCAGAUCUCGUGGUCAGUGUACCUGCUCAGUGUGGCAGUGGCAACUCUAUUCUUGUGCUUCUGCCUAAGCUUUUGCGCCUCGCAGGUCAAGCCGGGCUGUUACCGUAUCUGAGAAUACCGACCGGGGUGACAUCCGGCCCCCUCGUCACCUCGGUCCAAGUUCUAAGGAUUGCUGUCACCGACACUGUAGAAGGACUCUCAUUUCAUCCAACUUAUGUUCUGUUGUAAACAUAUUCCACGAGUGGGGUUUUAUUCCGGAUUAUUUGCCUUACCCUGAAGAACUGGUGCAAUACUUAUAUGCCAUAUUUUGUUAUAUCCGUCCGAACAUUUUCCUACUCUGAAUUGUUUUCUGCAUAUAUUAAUUAACGUACCAUGUCAUAUUUCUAUGGUUUGUAAAUUUUAAAUUUGAAUUCUCUUCUUUGCCACCAGAUACAAAAUUGUUCUGUAGAAAUUACAGGACGGUGCUACGCAUUUCACUUAAAAGACAACACUCAAAUAUUUUAAAAAUAGAUUAGGGCCAAUUAAAUAUGUCUUCGACCAUCUUUAUAUUUUUAACAUAUAUCAUACUCAUGUAACAAUUAUUGUAUUUAGUUCAUGGAAAAAGUUUCAACGAAAUGUACAUGGUUUUAGAGUCACCAUGUUACGGAUAAUAAUAUUGACAAUUAAUCACUUUACACAAGUAACCAGGACUGAGAUAGAUUGUAUGUUGCUCAAGGCAGGUCGCAAUUUGGCUUUACUACACUGCUCAAGUAUCAUAUUGUAUAGAGAUUGUCGCACGACUGAUUACUGGAAGUAGUGGCAAAAUGUAGGUUACUUAACCUGUACGUUAAUUUGUUAAAAGCUGCAUGAUGUUUUUUUUUAAUUACCUAUGAUUUUAACUUUAUUGUGUUUACCUAUAACCUAUAUUGUAAAUACAUAUUAUUAGAUCACGUUAAUCCUAUUCAAAUCUGAGUUUUUAUGGAAUCUAAAAACUGUUAUUGAUAUUUUGAAACCAAUCAAAAUGAGAUACUUAAUUUUGACUGCAGCAAACGUACCUUUUGUCACUAUAAUUAGAAUGUACAGUGUAAAUAGGAUUCCUCCAUUCUGUCCAUGUACAUAGUGAGUAGAUUAUAAGACAUCAAACUUACUGUUAGGAUACAACUAUAAACUAUUUAUAUCAGUGUAUAUAGUUUACCUGAAAUUAACUUGUCAUAACGAAGACAAUUAUAUGCAAAUACAUUAAAAAUAUUGUGUUGAUUGUUUGUAUAAUGAAAUGUUUAAUUGUUUAAGAUGCAGGAGUAAGAUAUUUUUGUCAAAGGAUUGCCAAGGAAAUAUAUUUAUCUGUUUUUUAAAA